UAUUGGUGGUAGAACAUCCAGGGGGUAUAUAUGCCACACGAUACAGGGAGACGAUAAUCACUCCAACAUUUGGAAUUACAGCCGCUACAGCAUGAAGACGUCGGUGAUAAUUGUGUUUGCCCUGGUAGUGGCGGUAUGUGCGGCAGCCGACGAGCCAAUUGCCAUUGUCAGUCAGACUCAGGAGGGCCCGAAUCCCGAUGGCUCUUUCAAGUACUCGUUUGAGACCGCCAACGGUAUCAAGGGGGAGGUAGUGGGAUCGGUAAAGGGCGAAGGGGAGAGCGCAGCCUUGCAGGUCGAGGGAUCUUCCUCUUACAAAUCGGACGACGGACAGGACAUAGUCCUGACGUACACGGCUAACGAGGAGGGCUUCAAGCCUGAAGGCGCGCACUUACCCACCCCUCCGCCCAUUCCGGAGCUCAUCCGGAAGGCGCUCGAGUGGAUCGCGGCUAAUCCCUCCAAAGAGGAUCAGUAAUGAUGGGAAAUCAUAACGUCGAGAUGGAAAUUGGGUACUCUUGCCCUCGCGGGUACGCAAUGACAUGUCCUGUUGUGAUUUUUUAACCGUUUUUUGGACUAUUCAGUUCUGUUUGAUUAUUGAUUUUGUUGUUGCCUGUCCCACCUCUAUAUUUAUUGUUAUUUUUAUGUAAUAGACGCGAAUUUUCACUCGUCAAGCAUGAAAAAUGUUAUAUUAUGAAAAAAUGAAAAAUAUACAAAUGUGCAAUGAUUCA